ACGGACUAAGCGAAAGAGGGACUACUCGUAGUCUACAGAGCCGGAGGAAUCAGAACUUUUCCAUUUCUUCCGACUCCCGUCGCUUACUAACCUAAAUUUCCCGUCGGGGAGGUAGAGCAGCCGACUGUUAGAGUAGCCAUGUUGGAAAACCUGAGUUGGGAUGUACCGCUGGCCAGUCAUCGGUGACUGUUUCGUUUCUUUCAUAAAACUCACAAACUCACAACAUUUACGACAUAGAAAAUCUAGCCAAAACGAAAGCGUCAACUUGCAAGUCACUAUUGGUAACGAUUCUUCUCCUAUCGACCAGCAGGCACCAGGAGGUGAAGAAUGGGAAGAAUGGGGUCCAGUGGAGGAAUUUAGUGUGAAGGUUGAACCAUCGUCCAAUUCACAGCAGACACCAGUUGAUGAGGAUCUUUUCCAUGAUAUGACACCUGUCUUUCAAAAACCAAAGAAAAUUGUUGUGAAGAAGAAAAAGGUCCAUUCUGAUGACAAUUAUCAUCCACGAACAGAGAAUCCAUCAAGUCGUUUGAAUUUUGAUAUCUGUUAUACCCCUACAGAGCCUGAGCUAGGAACGUGGAAUGAUGAAUCCUCCACAGCGUGGGACGAGGAAUCUGUUUCAGAAAAAGACAUUGAAUGGGAAGCGGAGAAACUAAUGAAGGAGAGAAAGCAGGCUGAGAGAGAACGACGUGCCAUUGAACACCAAAGAAGGAAAGAGGAAAGGGAAGCACAUAAACACGUCGAGAAGAAAACACAUGGACAUCUUGGAGUACGACUAUCAUCAUCAUAACAGAUGUUAAAUUAUUAAUUUGUGUCUGAUAGCGUAAAGAAGUAUAACUGGUUUUGGUGUUGUUCUAAGCGGUGCCUUUAGUGGGGAUUUCAGAAAGGUUAUCAAAUGUCUGUUCAGCCUCAUAUACCAGCAACGCGGGAACAGGAUAAUUUGAUAAAAUAGAAUAACUGUUGUUGAAUCAAACAGCUAAGAAAACACUUCUGGCCAAUCACAGCAGUCGAGAAUAAUGUAAAGAACCACUCCUUGUGUUUAGCGACUGUAGGACAAUUUUUUGUAUGAUGCUUCUAAACAAUGCGAUGAAUAUUACAGAAUUUACAGCUAAAGGCAACAAAAAUGGCAGCAAUGGUGAAUAAUGCCUAUUGCAUUUAUGAGAAUAUUCUUUGAGGAAAAACAUGGGCAAACAUUCGUUAUCGAUCUGGGCCUCUGCCAUGAAGCUAGACUCCUGAUGGUAUGUUUUGCUCUCGAAAUUUGACAAGGGACAUGACACGAGACGUGGGCGUGGCACUGUCUACUCGCCCCAACUCCUUCUCGUUCAUACCGCACCUUCGCAUUUGCGGAUAAACACUUGUCAGAAGAAAACAAAACAAUUUUUUUAUUCUGUACAAUCAACAAUGCACAGUGUUUGAAAAGUUGUUACUGCACA